CCCUCCAAGUAACCUCGCGUGGGAUCCACGCGCUGAUCCACGCUUCUGGGACCACACGUGGACGAAUUUUGGUGAUUACAGCAUUUUGAAUAAUGCUGUAAGUCGGUGAUCAGCAUCCUCAAGCCUACGUCCAGUUCCUGACGAUAAACUCAUCAUGGUCCCCCCAUCAAAACACGUGAGAAUAUCCAUAAACGACGCACCUCAUUCUGAACAAGAUGACAGUAGCGUUAAACGAAUAAGUCUCCUGUCAAAUUCAUCGCGGAAAAGGAAGGAUGGCCCCUGCACACCGGAGGCAGUGCCCCUGUCUGUGUUCGCUGAAGAUCCUCUGCUGUGGCCAGAUGCUGAGACAAGGAGUGAGGCAUCGUUCGGAUGCACAUCUCUGCAUAUAGCGGCAACUGAAGGAAACGAUGACACCGUCAAAGCUCUGCUAAUGAGUGCCAGGACUGACGUCAAUGCUGUUGAUGGUGAUGGCUGGGCGAGUCUGCACAUGGCUGUAAGAUGUGGACAUUUACACGUUGUCCGAACGCUCAUAGCUGAUCUCAGGGUGAAUGUCAACGCUGGAGGCGGAUACAUAGGAUGUACACCUUUACAUCUGGCAGCAAUGGGAGGUCAUCACGAGGUCCUCAAGAUUCUUCUGGCACACAGCAGGAUCAAUGUUAAUACAAUGGAUAAAAAUGGAAGUACGGCUUUGCAUAUUUUAACAAAGGAAUCCUGUAAACGACAUGGAGUUGAUAAAAGGUACCUGCAUUGUAUAAUAUCACUGAUGGAGAAGUCGGACCUGAAAGUGAACAAACCUGAUAUGUAUGGACACACAGCUCUUAGCCACGCCGUAAAAAACGGCAGUAAAGAAACAGUUCGGACCAUCUUGCAGCAUCAUGGGAGACAUCGUUUGAAUCUGGAUACAUCAGGUGCUGAUGAGAUGAAAACUGUUCGUGAAACCAUCUCCGCGCUUUUCCCAGAGUUUAAGACAAUUCUGCCUCCACCUUUACUGGAAGACCUAAACUCGCCAAAUCCUCAGACUCGGCUACUUGCGGCAAUCCAGCAUGGCUGUCUGGAUAUUUUUCAUGAUAUCUUGCAAAAGACCUCAGUGAACAUAGAAUAUUGGUACGAUGAGCCAUACUAUUGCACUUGUUUGGAACUUGCCUGCACUCUAGAGGGAAGACAUAGGUUUGUUCAGAUCUUGGUCGAUGCUGGCGCCAAUGUGAACACAGUGAAUCCGGUCUCAGACGUACCGCUACUCCAUAUGGCCGCCAAAAGAGGUAAUAUGGAACAAUUGAACGUGCUGUUGAAUACAGAGCGUAUGGAUCUGAAUAUCAAAGACUGUUGCCAGAGGACAGUACUACACUGUCUUGCACGUCUCAACGUUCCGAAUCAAGAGGAAGUUCAGGGACUUCAGCAGACCUUGAUGCUGAUGUUAGAGGGCGAUUUUUCAACCUGCAGGAUGAUCGAUUUGGAUGCGAUGGACGAAUGGGGCAACACGGCUCUGCACGUGGCGGCGCGGUACGGAAGCAGCGAUGUGGUGGACAUUUUGUUGAGGAACGGUGCGGAUAUCAAUGUAAUGGAUGGUUCUGGGGAAACAGCACUGCACAUUGCGGCCAGAGAUGGGAAUCAAGACACGGUAGUCGUGCUAAUGAAACACGGAGCCGACUUGAUGUUUACGAAGUUUAGAAACCCACCGUUGUCACAGAUCGAUAGGGUCACACUGAGAAGAUUCUUUGACGAGUGUUUGGAGACAAAUGACAAAACCCCGCAGCACCAGGACUUCAGACUGACUUUUAAUUACAAUUUUCUGGCACCGAAAAACAAUUGUAGGGACAAGAAACAGGACGUUGAGAUGCCUUUACUGUUGUAUAUGAGCCAAGAUAAACGGUUACGCCACAUGUUGAAGCAUCCUGUGAUUACCAGCUUUCUGUACCUCAAGUGGAAUUAUGCACGUUCAUUCUUCUACAUAAAUCUUUUGUUCUACAUUAUUUUCCUGUGUUUCCUAACGACGCACGUAAUUUUAACUGACUACUCUGAACGAAUAAGCUGCGAUAAUAAAGAGAGUACAUGUAAAGACAAUCAGACGGCAGAUGUUACGUAUAAUCUCUCUCGGAGCAAUGUGAUCCCUUGUACAGAGAUCUGUACCAGUGUUUCAGAGUGCGUUAACAAAACAAGACCGAACGAACUAGAAAAUGAUCAAGUAAAUUGGAAUCCAGCAACAGAAAUAGGAAUCUUCGAGAAUGCCACUGUCUAUCCUGGUAUAAAUGGCGAAGAAAAUGAUACAACGCCAAGCAACGCAUCAGCGAUUGAUAACUCCACCGACAACUCAGUGGGAACGGAAUCUGCAGACAAAACAGGAGCACGUCUUCGGCCUCAGCCCGGAACUGGAACACAGUCAAAGAAUGUUGAGGAAACAACUUUGGAACUGGGGAUCAGAUUGGGACUUACGGUUUUGGUUACCAUUUUUGCACUGCGAGAGCUCAUGCAAUUUCUGUCUGUCACAAAGCAAUACCUGCGGAGAACCAGUACCCUGUUACGCGUCGCUAUUAUCAUUCUGACCGUCGUACUGUGCGUGAGGCAGUUUGACAGAGUGGUGAAACAUCACUGUGCCUCAAUCGCGGUUCUGCUCUCCUGGUUUGAGUUCCUCUUACGGAUCGGUUGCAUUCCCGACUGCUCCGUCCUGAUGCAGAUGCUGCAGACCGUGUCCCUCACGUUCGUCAAGUUCAUGUCGUUUUACUCGCCUCUGAUCAUUGCGUUCAGCCUCUGCGUGUACACAAUGUUGCGCAGAUCGUGCGCCCAACUUUUCUAUCAGAAUGUUUGGAUGACAAUCAUGAAAUCAAUGCUGAUGCUGAACGGUGAAUACGAAGCGUCCGCCAUGGAAUUUGAUUUGCUUCCAGUGACAAGCCACGUGAUCUUAGUACUCUUCAUAUUGCUGAUAGGUGUUAUUUUGCUGAACUUGUUGAGCGGACUGGCCGUAAGCGAUACGCAGGCCAUCAAGAACGACGCUGAAACACUGAGUCUGAUUGCAAGGGUGCGUCUGAUCUCCAACAUCGAGAAUCUGGUGUGUGGAGCUUUUCACAGCAAGUGGAUAUUUCCCAGAUUUAUCACAAUUUUAACACCGAAUUUGUGUUCGGUCUUCAGGUGUUUUCCAGAUAAACAAGUACACGUCUUUCCGAACAGAACAAAGGGUAAUAUAUAUUUGGACGAAAAUGAACCAAGGAUGAACACUGCCAUGCCCAGGAACAUCGUGAACGGUGCACUGAAGCAGAUCUCCAAAAGAAAUGCAUCGCCGUCUAGGGGAAAUGAAAAUGUUCAAGGAACAGUUCUUCGAGGCUGGGGUGGUGAGAAUGGGUUUCUGGUUUCGAAGAGAAUGAAGGAUCUGUAUGAACAGCAAGAAAUGUUGACAGCCAAAGUAAGAGAACUGAAGGAAUUGUACGAUUAUAAGAUGGCCCGAGUGGAAAAGGAAUUUAAUAUUGCUGUGGCUGGAGUCGUCAGCGAGGUCGGAGUGAAGUUCGACUUGCUAAGUGCUAGUCAGGAAAAGAUUGGGAAGGAACUCGCUGACGAAAGGGCAUAUGCGCGCGGACUUCUGUGUGGGAGUCAGAACAUCGUGCAGGAGGAAAUGCUGAAACAGUCCAACCAGAUACUUCAACUGGAACGAAAGUUCUCACUUUUGGAAGAAACAGUAAAACACACCGGGGACACCGUGGAUCAGAUAUUUUCAUUUUUAGUCUCACAGCAAAGGAAAACGUGAAUUGUCUCUCGGCGAUGUAACUAAGGCAUUAAUUUAACAUCUGGGUGUUACUGUUGUGUCUAGUGAUUCUAAUUAAGCAUAUUUUUGACCUUUUGUUUCAAAUAUAUAGAUGGUCAGGUCAAAACUUCGAUUACGUGAACCCAAAUAAUUUUGAACGUGAAAUUGAUAUCCUCCAUCUAGUGACGAGCUUUAGAACUUGCGGAAAUGUACCUGCACGACUCUAUACGCCCUCAGGACCCAUUUUUUAACGCAGGGACAUACGUAUUUACCUUUAUAUUUUACUUUCCCGUGAUAUUCACUUGCUAUCUCUCAAAGUUUAACAAAUUGUUAUAUUUUCAUUCGUUGCCGGUACAUUGUUGUACUUGAAUACACAUUUUUGUGAUUUUAAUUAUCGACUGACAAAUUCUAAAUGCCGUGUUCUUUCAAGUAUGCAUAUGUGUGCAGACAAUAUUACGAAAGAUCUAAUCAGGGACGGGGAGUUCAUGAAAACAGCGUUAGCCGUGUUAGCCGUGCUAACAUUUCGAAAACGUAAAAUUAAAAAAGUUUUCUGUCUUACUUCGGUGGUUCAGUGGCACUCCAUAGCACUGGAACACAGCAGAACCGAUCAGACAAUGUAGUAAAACUACGUAGGUCUGUGUUAUGAAGGUACGCAACAAUUGCAAUGUAUAAUUUUGACAUUAUUGCAAAAUAUUGUAUGUAAUCAGAAUAUAAACCUAUUCAUAGAAAGUGUACAAACAAAUGCACAUACCUGUUAAAAAAAAUACAUUUCAUGCAACAUUGUAAGUUUGUACACUGACAUGGUUUGUAAAUUAAAUAAUUAACUUCACAGUGUAAGGUCUUCCGCGAAUGCACAA